AUGGGCAUAUUAUUGGAAUGGCAUAUUCCAUAUUAUGGGAAUGGCUUUAAUUCAGGCAGUUAUCAACCUAUUAUCCAUCAGCCUGUUGGCAGAGAUGAGUUCAAAGGUUCAGAUCCAUCCUCCCAGCCAGACUCCAGCAUCUUAAGGUCUAGGCCUGUGACAUCUGAGAGAUUCCACCCCUGCCACCAGUGUCAGUGUGGAGGUCUCUCCUCUGCGCUUUGGAGCCACCUGGCUUUGGAACACCUCGUGGUGGAAGGCAGUGCUGGAGGCUUUGUGAAAUUUGCAUUUAAAUCUCAGUCUGGCUACUUUUUGGAGACUCCUGAGGAAUUUACUGUCAGUUCACAUCUCCACACCCCUGUUUCCUUAUCUGAAAAAUGGAAAUAA